AUGAGCAGCAAGACUGGGCGCAACGAGAAAGAGAAGCCUCAGAGGGACCCUGGGAGAGCCUACUUGUACAGCAAACCCAGCCUGAGCCCGGCAUCUUCUCUGCAGCGUCCCUCCAGCGCUUCAACACGCAGGACCCAUUCCAGGACUGGAUCACAGAGCAGUACUGGGCCGGGACCUGCAGCCUACCUGCCAGAUGACAACGGUGCAGAUGGUCCCCCGGCUGCAGCGGCGGCGCAGGCAGCGCUGGCAUCCCUGUGGCAGGCUGCGGUGGGCAACAUAGAGGAUGCAAAGGUGGCGCUGGAUGUGAUUGCGCGCGCGAUAGACGAUGCUGUGUACCUGGACGAGGAUGCCUACAACCAGAUGAUCCCCCUGCAGCAGUACACGCGCACCAUAGAGGCGCAGCAGCGGCGGAUAGCGGAGCUGGAGCAGCAGCUGCAGGCGUCGCGGCGAAGGCUGGCAGAGCAGGAUGCCACCACGCAGGCUGCCAGAAAACGCGCUUGCGAGCUGCAAGAAGAGCUGGAAAACAAUGCAGGCAAGCGCCUCAUUUUCCAAGCUUUGCCCUUGUGA